AUGGACCCCAUUUGUCAUAUUUUUCUUCUUCUUCUGGCCUUCCAUGAGAUAAACUUGUCUGUUUCAUCUUGUAUCACAGGAUGCUCUUGUUCUCAAGACAGCUUUGGAAGGAGUUUGCUUUGUAUGUCUGCACUGCUGAGGCAGAUCCCUGCAAACAUCCCUCAGGACAUCCGGAAAAUUAGAAUAGAAAAUUCUCACCUAACAGAAUUACCUCGUGGUUCUUUUGAGAAUGUUAGUGCCUUGGAGUAUCUCUGGCUCAAUUUUAACAACAUCACAGUGAUGCACAUCAAGAGCCUGGAAUAUCUGCCAGCUCUGAAGGAGCUGCGCUUGCAAGGAAACAAAUUAAGUUCUGUGCCAUGGACAGCAUUUCAAGACACCCCAGCUCUGAAAAUCCUGGAUCUGAAGCACAACCGGCUGGAUGUCCUUCCAGAACAUGCGCUCCGCUAUCUGCCUAACCUGACCUAUUUAGAUCUAUCCUCAAAUCAGCUUACUGUCAUAUCCAGGGAUGUCUUCUACAGCUGGCCGGUCUAUCAGAGAAGCCAGAAGGGAGAGGGGCACAUAGAAGAUAUUUCCAACGCUGUCCUGGCUCUUCAUGACAACCCCUGGAUUUGUGACUGCCGCCUGCGGGGAUUUGUCCAGUUUAUCAAAUCAGUUGGCCCACCUAUUAUUCUCAUGAAUUCCUAUUUAACUUGCUCAAGUCCGAAAUUCAGGGCAGGGAAGUUUUUUUAUGAAGUGGAGCUCAACAGCUGCAUGAAGCCCCUGACCUCAGCCCUUGACACAAACCUGACAGUCCCAGUGGGGCUGAACGUCACCCUGACCUGCUUUGUGCAAGCCAGCCCUGCCCCAGCUGUCUGGUGGACCUAUUCACUCAAACUUUUAAGGGCAUUUAAUGUGUCCACAGAGCCCAUCAGUGAGGACAUUGUGCGCUCAGAGCUGCUGAUCCCAGCAGCACGGCCAGCAGAUGCUGGCAACUACACCUGCACAGCUGCUAACUUCUUGGGCAACACCUCAGUGGCCAUCAAUCUCCAUGUGCGGUCCCCGUGGGCAUCCACAACCACCACCACCCCGGACUGGGCCCCCAUUGGCCCAGCUGAGUCGGGAGCCCACGUAGAAGUGCGCAUCGCCAAGCAGACAGUCUAUGGCAUCACCCUGGAGUGGUUUGCAGUGGCAGCAGCAGCAGCCGAGCCAGGGGAGACCUGGUACACCCUCCUGGUGGGCCGCUAUGAUGCAGCACAGAAGGACGCCAUCUACAUUGGCCCCGGUAUCAACACCUACUCGGUGACCGACCUGCUGCCUGCCACCAAGUACGAAGUGUGUGUGGCUGUACGCAAUCAGGCACCUCGCAAGGGCCAGUGCGUCGUCUUCGUCACGGGCAGCGACAUCAGCCAGCUGGAGCAACGUGAGAAGCUCAUCCACAUCGUGGUCAUCGUCUGCGCCAUGGUGCUGGCUGUGCCCGCUGGCAUGUACGCUUGCACUGCCGAGGCCCGCCCUGGCUGCCUGGCCCGCUGCCCCAGCAUGUGCCCCCGCCGCCGCCGCGGGGGCCAGGCCCAGGCUGCGGGCAGCAAGGAGAGCACUCUGGACAGCCUGCCCGCUGGCAGCGAGGAUGGGCUCUGUCUCCCUGAGGGCGGCCGCAGCACCGGGCGGCCCCAAGCCCGUGACGAGCCUGGCAAGACCCGGCCACCCCACAGGAACAGCGCUGACCUCUACUAGCCCAGCCGUGCCCGCCCUGCCGGUCUGCAGUGGCACCUUUUAGAGGUGACCUCAAUCCACAGCACGUGCUGGUUUGUUUGAGGGACUGUGCAAAGGAGGCUCCGUGCUGCAAGGACUCAGGGCAUGGUUGGGCACACCACUGGAACUGCAGCAGGCUUGGGAAGUGCUGAGAACAGGGGCGCUAAAGGUUUGUGGCUGUAAGCCCACAGCCCAGGUCUGCCUCUGCAGCACU